AGUUGAGGAUAUUAUCCAAAUUGAAGAAGAAGAUGAUGAUUUUAUUAAACGUGAAUUAGCUAAUAAUUUACAAGAGGACCCUAUCACUGAACCCCAGUGAGUGUUUUUAGUUUGUUUAUUUAUAACUAUUUUUAAUAUUAAAUGAAUACACAUAUUUUUAAUUAAAAUAAUAUUGUCGGCCAAUGCUAUAAAUUGUGUAAUUCAAUUAGGUGAUUCCCUUAUCGGAUUUUAUGAUAUAUAAGAUAGAAUUUCUAGCCUUAUAUGUAAUUCAAUCCGUAUGUCUUACAAAUAUACAGAUUUUUAUGUUCUGCUUUUAAAAUGGUUUGGUUAAAUUUGUGUAUAUAAUAAUAAAUUCUGUUUGUUAAAUAUUUUUUUUAAAUUAAAUUAACGUUUUUUAAAUAUUUUUUAUAUGCUAAAUAAAUAACUAUUAGGGCUCAAGGACAAAUAAGACUGUCUUAAUAACGCAAUAUUAAAAAAUGAAAAAUUAAUAUCAAAAAUUAAAUUUUAAUUUAAUUAUUUACUAGCUGAGAAUUUUUUUUUCCUAUAAUUAACCUAUUUUAUUCAUACAUUAAAUUAUAUAAUAAAGCUAGACACGAUUUUAAUUUUAAAUCUGGUUAAUAUCUACUUUUAGGUUUUAAUAUAACCAUACAUUAAAGCUUUUUUUGACUUGGAUACUUCUUGGAUACUUUUUUUCGAAAAAUUGUCACAAUUUGCCCUUUUUAAAAUUUGAGUAUAACUGGUGUAUAAAUACGAAAUAAAACAAUUUUAUAGGAAAAAUUAAUUUUUAAUGUUGAACACAGAUUUAUAUUAUAUAUAAUUAUAAAUAAUAUAAUAUCUAAUAUCAAUGAAGCUAUAAGAUUAGUAUAAUAGGUUAUAUACAAGUUAAAUAAAUCUACCUACCUAAAAUUAUCAUUUUGAGAAAUAUUAGUCCACAGAAUUUCAGCAUUUUUUUUUUGUUUUUGUUGGGUUUCCAUAAAACAAUAUUCAUGUGGUUUUCCAAACAGUGUGAACUCUGAACAACUAACUAAAAUGUAUUGUUAGUUAAAAUUAUUAUGACAUUUAAAUUUUUCAGAGGUGAUGGUGUAUUCAAACGUGAAGAAGGAAUUAAUCUAUAUAUUAUAAGUAAAAUAACUAAUCAUUCAAAUGAGGACUCUUUGUNAAUAUUGUUUUCCAUAGUAUAUUUAGUCCAUUAUAUAUUUUUUGUAUUAUAUUGUACUGUACAAGCCUCUUUAGUAUUUAAACAGUAUUAAUAUUUAUCACAAUUAUCUAUUUUUUAUCAGGCACAGAUAUAUCAAGAACACAAUUGAAGUUGAUGUCAAUGAAAUACUGCAUGCUAGAAAAGAACCUGCUGUGCGUAAAAUAUAUAAAGAGAGAUUUUCAGUAAUACAUACUUUGGAAACACAGAAAAAAAGUUGUGGUAAG